UUUGUGAUUUUAGGGCUUGUGAGGGGUGGGGAGCGCGGGUCUCUCAGCUGGCGGAUUGACGCAUUCGCUGUUUUCGAUCGCCAUCGGCAAUGCACGACAAUGUGCUGCUCCAUCUCUCCUCCAAUUCCAACCAUUCAGACUCGCUGCCGUCCAAGCUCGCCAAGCUCGAAGCCAGGAUGGCUGGGAAAUCUAUCCCCGCCGCCAAGCCCCUUCCCGACGCUUCUCCCUCUUCCACAGACUCGGACGAAGAUAACGCUGGAGACUUUAUGAUCCAAGCCAGCGCCAGCUCACAGAAGAGAAAGACAUUUCAAAUGGACGAGUCGCGAGAAGAGGAAAAGCUGGAUCACGAAGGCAGGACAACAAAGAGCAGCCGAGGAAUGGGCCAACGAGGCCGGGGUGGAAAAGCAAAAGAGGCCAAGCGUCCUCACUCACCACCUUCUGCAAAGGUUGACAACGGGAAUGGUGCGGAACACAAGAGGUUUUCGGAGGACGAGCGACUUAAGCAGGAAGACCUGAUGACAUUGAAUGCGAGGUGUGCGGGGCUUGGUGAGGAGCUUGACAAAGCUAGAUCAGAAGCUUGCCAAUACCAGAGAACCUGCCAGCAGCUAGAGAAGGAAAUAAACGACAUGAAGGAAGUACAGCUCGAGAAGGAGCGAAAGCGAUUGAAGGUCGUGUCUGAUCUACUGAUAGCAGUUGCAAAAGGUGAGAGGCAGGAAGCAAGAUUAAGGGUCCGUCAGGAUUCAGUCCGGCUUGGAAACGUGGGAGUCAUGCGGGCAGGCACCUUACUGUCUGAGGUUUGGGAAGAUGGACAAGCAUUGAAAGACAUUCAAGCUCGUCUGAAAUCGCUCUUGGAACAAAAAGAUGCUAUUGAGAAACAAAGAAAGCUUCUAAAGAAAAAACAAAACGGUAUUGGUUUCGGCUACUUUCCGCAAAGCAUAUUUCUUAUAAAAAUUCAUGCAGAUAAAACAGAUGCUUCGGAAAGUGAUCAGGGACUUGCCGAAGAAGAAUGUAUAGCAACGGAAGAGAUGUACAGGGCGCGGAUUUUUUCGAUUAAAAGGGAGGAGGAGAACACACUGCGAGAUCGCGAGCGCUAUGAGCUAGAAAAAGCCUGUUUCAUUCGCGAGCUCAAAAGAAUCAGGGACGAAGAUGGAUCGCGUUUCAAUCACUUUCCAAUCCUCAACAAACGUUACGCGUUGCUGAAUCUCCUGGGAAAAGGCGGCUUCAGCGAAGUAUACAAGGCUUACGAUAUGGUGGAAUACAGAUAUGUGGCCUGCAAGCUGCACGGUCUUAACGUCCAAUGGAGCGAAGAAAAGAAGCAAAACUACAUCCGUCACGCCAUCCGAGAGUACAACAUCCACAAGAGCUUGGUGCACUCUCACAUUGUGAGGUUGUGGGACAUUUUCGAGAUCGACCACAAUACUUUCUGUACCGUGCUACAAUACUGCGGAGGCAAAGAUCUGGAUGCCGUCUUAAAAUCGACGUCAGUGCUUCCGGAAAGAGAAGCUCGGAGCAUCAUGGUCCAGAUCUUCUCCGGCCUCGUAUACUUGAACAGAAGAUCGCAGCGCGUCAUCCACUACGAUCUCAAGCCUGGGAACGUCCUCUUUGACGAAGCUGGCGCGGCCAAACUCACAGACUUCGGACUAAGCAAAAUAGUGGAAGACGAGGUUGGCUCGCAGGGAAUGGAACUCACGUCUCAGGGCGCAGGGACAUACUGGUAUCUUCCGCCCGAGUGUUUUGAUGUGAACAAGACACCACUUAUAUCGUCAAAGGUUGAUGUGUGGUCGGCCGGAGUGCUCUUCUAUCAAAUGCUAUUUGGGAAGAGGCCGUUCGGGCAUGACCAAAGCCAGGAGAGGAUUCUACGCGAGGAUACAAUCACCAAGGCGAGGAAAGUGGAGUUUCCAACGCGUCCUAGUGUCUCCGCUGAUGCCAAGGACUUUAUCCGGAGGUGCCUAUCAUACGAUCAAAUGGACAGGCCUGAUGUCUUGACCGCAGCACAAGAUCCUUACUUGUCCUAUGUCAAACGCAAACCUUGAGAACGAAGGAAUGACCGUGUAAGAAAAAACCAGAGCUUACCAUUAUCAACACUUAGAAACAAGCCUUCGAUUCCAAA